AUGGGAGCAUUUCGUAACAUCUUUUUUGGUGCGAUAUUUCUAAUCAUCGCUUUCUCUUAUCAAGCAUAUCGUGAAGUGACAAAACCGUUUCCUAAACCAGAAAUUGAUUUGGAUGAAUAUUGGGGUCCAGGCGAUGGAAAAUCUGACAAAGAUCCAGUCGAAAUCAAACCUUUCAAAAUUUCAAUUUCUUCAAAAGAGAUCAAACGUUUAACAGACAAACUUAACGAUUCCCAAGCAAUCACUGAUCCUCUUGAAGAAACUACAUUUGAAUAUGGAUUUAAUGGAAACCGUUUAAAAGAAAUUCUGACUUAUUGGAAAGAUGAAUAUUUACCUAAGUGGAAAGAACAUGAAGGUUUUCUCAACCAAUUCCCGCAAUAUAAAACUAAAAUUCAAGGAUUGGAUAUUCAUUUCAUUCAUGUCAAACCAAAAACUACUGAAAAUACCAAAGUUUAUAAAAUUCUCUUGAUGCAUGGUUGGCCGGGAAGUGUUCGAGAAUUCUAUGAUAUUAUUUCGCUACUUACGAAACCGUCUAAAGAUAACAUUGCAUUUGAAGUUGUGGCUCCAAGUCUUCCUGGUUAUGGAUGGAGUGAGGGUUCUGCUAAACAAGGAUUGGGGACAGUGAAAAUGUCUGUUAUUAUGCGAAAUCUUAUGAUAAAACUGGGUUUUGAAAAAUUCUACAUUCACGGAGGUGACUGGGGAUAUUUAAUUGGAUCAAACAUUGCCACAAUGUUCCCAAAAACUGUUUUAGGAUUUCAUAGCAAUAUGUGCGGUAUAACUACUCCGAUGUCUAAUAUUAAAACAGCCAUUGCAUCCCUUUGUCCAUCUUGGUUUAUUGAGGAAGAAAAACUUAUUGAUUGGAUUUAUCCAAUCACACCAAAAUUUAUGGAUUUGUUACAAGAGAUAAGUAAUGUUCACAUUCAGGCAACGAAACCUGAUACAAUAGGAGUCGCCUUACGAGAUAAUCCCGUUGGCCUUGCUGCUUAUAAUCUAGAGAGAUUUUCAACAUGGAGUAAACUAGAUAACAGCAAAUUAAAAGACGGCGGAUUUGAAAACCAUUUCACACUUGAUGCAUUAUUAGACAACAUUAUGAUUUAUUAUUUGUCUCAUUCAAUCACAACUGCCGUUCGUCUUGAAAAAGAAUUUUUCAGAGAAAUAAGUGUUUAUAACAUUGAUCGUGUACCAACUAAUGUGCCAACUGGAUGUGCACAUUUCAGACAUGAAUUAUUGCAUCAGCCAAAUUUUGUUAUGAAGGAUAAAUACACAAACAUUAUUCAUUCAUCUUAUUAUGAUAAAGGAGGUCAUUUUCCUGCAAUGGAACUUCCAAAUGUUUUAUACGAAGAUAUUCUCGAAUUUAUUCAUAAAACAAAAAAUUAAAAGAUUGAAGACAUUUCUGAAAAGUGAUAAUUUUUUAAGUAACUUUUAUGUUCUUUAUGAAAUUUUAUUCUAUUAAUGAACAAUAAAUUUCGAAUGAAAAAAAAAACUUUAAAAUUGAUUUAAAAUUUAAAUUGUGCAAGGAAUUAUGAAAACAAUGUAUCACUUAAAAUUUAACAGCAACUUUUACAAUGAGCAUGAUGAGAAGCAUCAAAGCACUUGCAAAGAAAUCAUACAAAAGUUUAGGUGAAAAAACACUCCAAAUAAAAAGAUGAUGACGUAACAAAGUGAUCACGAUUAAAAAUACUGUUGUAGGAAUGAUUGUAAGAAUUGACAGCCAUUUAAAGAAAAGUCUAGUGAUAAUGGCAGAAUCGUUCAUCAGUCUUUUAGAUUCCUCAAUUAAAUGUAUUAUAAGAAGAAACAACGAUAUCAAUUGUCCAUUAAAUGUGUUAAUUGUUGAAAAUAUGAAUACAAUUGGCAGAUGAACAUGCAUUUGUCCAACAAAUCCAGCAUUAACAUCGAUCGUUGAUAAGCUGUUAGAAUUUCCCUGAUAAAAAUAGAACAAUUUCCCUAUCCAAAUAUGGAGAAUGAUUUUCGCAAUUAUUCUCUCAUUCAUAUUUUUAAUAAUAUUAUUGCACGUUGCAUUUACAAACCAACAACUGACUGAACAUGCGAAUGGCAUUAUAACAUUUUGUGGUUGAUGAAGAAGCAGAGAAAAUAAAAAGAAAACAACAAAAAAAUUUAAUCUUUUGGUGGGGUUCUUGUUGAUGUUCGUAACUAAAUCAAUCGUAA